UAUUGAAUUACUUGACCAAGCACUACUUAGAGGAAAAGGUUCUCGCUGGUGAAUAAUGGCUGUCCUUUUGUAUACAGGGGAUGACAUCACCAUGAGCAUAAAAUAUUGGUACAUAAAAACAAGAUGUGGCUGUUGAUGUGGCUGCUAAAGCUAAGCUCUGAGUCCACAUUAUAAGACCAACAUUUCUAACUUGGACUAGUCUUCAAAGACCUGGAAUCAAAGGCAGUGAUAGAAGACAUAUUCAGACCCUUCAGUAAAAGAGACAACCAUGUAAAAAAAACUCCAUUACAGGAGCACCUGACAUUUCCUGUGGCAGAUUUACUUACUGGAUCAUGGCACAGACCAACAGCGGUGGGCAGGGGACCAACGGGGUAGCGGAUGAGUCCCCCAACAUGAUAGUGUACAGAAAGAUGGAGGAAGUAAUAGCACGCAUGCAGGAUGAGAAAAAUGGCAUCCCAAUCCGAACAGUGAAAAGUUUUCUAACCAAGAUCCCCAGUGUUUUUUCAGGUUCUGAUAUUGUACAGUGGAUGAUCAAGAAUCUGGACAUCGAAGAUCAAGUGGAGGCUCUUCACCUAGGAACUCUGAUGGCUGCACAUGGUUACUUCUUCCCCAUCUCAGAUCACGUCCUCACUCUCAAAGAUGAUGGCACUUUCUAUAGGUUUCAGACUCCAUACUUUUGGCCAUCAAACUGCUGGGAACCAGAAAACACAGACUAUGCUGUUUACCUCUGCAAAAGAACAAUGCAAAAUAAAGCACGUCUGGAGCUUGCAGACUAUGAAGCGGAGAGCUUAGCAAGGCUACAGAGAGCUUUCGCCAGGAAAUGGGAGUUCAUUUUUAUGCAAGCAGAAGCACAAGCGAAAGUGGACAAGAAAAGAGACAAAAUUGAGAGGAAAAUUCUCGACAGUCAGGAAAGAGCAUUCUGGGACGUGCACAGACCAGUGCCUGGAUGUGUGAAUACAACGGAAGUCGACAUAAAGAAGUCCUCCAGAAUGAAAAACCCCCACAAAACCAGAAAGUCUGUGUAUGGGCUGCAGAAUGAUAUUCGCACCCAUAGCCCAACCCACACCCCUGCCCCAGAGGCCAAGCAACCUACAGAAGAAGAACUGCAAGAACAGAUCACCUUUUGGCAAUUGCAAUUAGACAGGCAUCGACUGAAAAUGUCCAAAGUGGCAGAGAGUUUGCUGGGCUACACAGAGCAGUACGUUGAAUACGACCCCUUCCUCACGCCUCCAGAUCCAUCCAACCCCUGGAUCUCAGAUGACACCACACUCUGGGAGCUCGAAGCCAGUAAGGAGCCAGGCCAGCAGAGGGUAAAGAGGUGGGCUUUUGGCAUUGAUGAGGUUCUCAAAGAUCCUGUUGGGAGAGAGCAGUUCCUCAAGUUCCUGGAGUCUGAGUUCAGCUCAGAGAAUCUAAGGUUCUGGCUAGCAGUUCAGGAACUAAAGAAGCGUCCCAUCAGAGAAGUUCCAACUCGAGUUCAGGAGAUCUGGCAGGAGUUUCUGGCCCCCGGAGCGCCCAGUGCCAUCAACGUUGACUCCAAGAGCUACGACAAAACCACCCAGAAUGUCAAAGACCCUGGACGCUAUGCCUUUGAGGAUGCACAGGAACACAUCUACAAAUUGAUGAAGAGUGAUUCUUACAGUCGUUUCAUCCGUUCCAGUGCCUAUCAGGAGUUAUUACAGGCCAAGAAGAAGAAAAGUAAGAACUUGUUCUGAAGGCUCUUACUUCCAGCACAGGGGAAACCACUAGUAUCCAAGUGGCUGACCAGUCGUGUGCCAUCAUGCUAAAAUCAAUGCCAACUCUCUCUCUGGGACAUGGAGAGGGGGACCAUCUCAUCUCUUCGUCAUCAUUGUCUGUCCAUCCGUUCUUGGCUCAGCCAGGUGAUGAGCCGGGCCAUCUGUUCGUCUGUUGUCCACCGGAAGUUGCAUGUCCAUGGAGAGGAUGUUCCUUCUUCUCUCUCCUCUUACAGUACCUGAUAUAUUUCCAGUAUUCUCAGAAAAGGAGGCAUUGCUGGACUUGUGAGGACACUGACAGACUGGUGAGAUGCAAAAUGUCACUGAAAGAAAGUCAGUGUUCCAGUCCAACGUUCCAGUUCUUUCCAUCGUAACUGCUGGAUCGGCGCCCCCUCUCUCACUUCCAGCUGAAACAAAUGAUGUCAGAGAGAAAAAAAGAAAAAAAAAACACAUAGAAAAAUAAUAAAUAAAAUGACAGCUUAAACUGAUAAAUCUAACCAAUGUCAUUGCUUUACAUGAUCUGAGGUCACAGAUACUUUGUCACGCUAUGGGAAGUGUUG